GUCGCAUGGCACGUUCUGCUCUUGACCUUACAUACGUUUUGUAUGAUGAAACGUCACAUGUCUCACUUGCAUUCGCAUUACUUACGCUCAGUCCAAUCCUACUCAAUGCCGCAUAUGCAGCACUCUGUGUUCAGACUCGGGAGCUAAUCUACGUAGAGAUGUGGGCUGGGCAGAUGCUGUGUGAAUGUCUGAACUACAUUCUGAAGAAGAUCAUUAAGCAAGAACGUCCGAAUCUUGACAUGGGUUCCGGAUACGGCUUCCCAUCGUCUCAUAGUCAAUGGAUGGGAUACUUUGCGACGUUUCUCAUCUGUCAUUUCACCUUCCGACAUCGCUUCGUUUCUACUGGAUACCCGAUCCUGGACCGGCUUCGCGACUUUUUUCUUCACGCUUUUAUUGUAUCAUGGUCAAGUGCAGUUGCUUUCUCUCGGUACCAUCUGUCAUACCACACCGCACCUCAGGUCUUGGGCGGCUUCAGUGUUGGCGUCCUCUUCGGAUUGGUAUAUUAUAUGACUCUCGAGUAUAUCCCCUCUCGAAGACCCACAAGUCUCCCCGGACGACUCAAAACAGGACUUCUAGCUAUCCCCAUAUUCACUUGGUUCCGAGUACGAGACAGUUGGGCAAUAUGGCCUGAUGGUGGGCUCGAUCCACAAUACUUGCGCUGGCGAGCCGAAUGGGAUGCAAAACGAUUACUACAAAAUAAGAGGAAACGCACCUAAGUGUUCGCGAUCACUUUCCCUGUAAAUAAUAGCUCGUUUCUCAAGUUCCAUAACGCUGAUGGCUUUGUGUUUCGUUUAUGGCGAAAAAGUGGCAGACGAAGGUACGCGGAAUAGACCCACUGUUGAUCCACAGUACAUUUGUCGAUAUUCAGCGUACACUGAUUUGCGACCUGUCUGCCAUUUACGUGUAUAGCCUCCACACGAUCUUAACUCCACACGCACUGCACAGAAGAUGCUUCUUUCAAUCGAGACAACGUUGCUAUUUUUACAUAUUGGUACACUUCAGAAUCAGGAAAACAACAUAAGCGGACACCUCUCGAAUGCUUGGAUAAAAAUCGACAUGCGCGUUCACCACUUCUCGUGAGCAGGGCGAACUAUGGGAUGCGAACAUUGUGUUUUAGAUCGGGUUGCAAAAGUGAGGAAAUCACUUACGGUCGAGCUCCCAGGUCCAUGCAGACCUAUCCUGGUUCGUCAGGUAAAGAUACGACUUGUUACGAUGUUAGUCGAAAGAACCCAUCGUAAGCUAGAGACUU